GAUAUAAUCGAUUAAAACUGAUAGUUCUACAGUAGUCAGAUUCAAGUACUACACAAGGUCUAUUUUGUUCAUUUUAUUAGUUCACAACUAUUUUUAUUUUACCUCAUAAAUUAUUCUACACCAAGAAAAACAAGCAUGGCAAAGUUACUUCGUCGAUUUAUUACCUUAGUGGUAGUCUCAUAUUUCAUUAUAAGCAACGUAUACGCUAACGAAGAUGCAACGACAAUUGAGACCGCCCAGCCAUCGAUUGAAAACAAAUUGACUGAUUUUGUAAAAACUUUGAAACAACAGGCGUCGGCAACAUUGGAUAGCGUUGAAAAUACAGUCUUGAAUAAAAUACCCGCUCAAGUCACUGAUAAUCUAAGGAACACCGAAAACAAACUAAUCGGCGAUGAAGCUCUGGACCGAUUGGAGAGCUCGAAGAGAGACACCAUUACCAAAGCUAAACAGCUGCUGAACGACGCUAUGCUCAAACUGAAAAAUACGGUCGAAGAACUCAAAAUGAAACAUGCUCAAGCCGAAGAAGACGUAUCGUCAACAUUAGACAAUAUUUUCGAAAAAAUUGAAACGGACGGCAAGGCGGCAUUCGAUUAUACUUCCAGUGUCCUCAGCGAAACUGCAGAAAAAGCCAAGGCUGCUGUAGAAAAAUCGCAAAGAGAUAAUGGACAAACUUCGACUUAAUUCCGCCCAAACUGUUUGCACUGUAAUAGAAUUUUGCUUUUUCUUCGAUAUUGGUGUAAUUCGCGUCAACAAUACAGUGCCCAUAAAACAGAUUAUUUUAAUUAUUAUAAGAAACCCAAUUUGUCAUUGUAGGGUGUAUUCAAAUGCAUGCAAAUUUUGAAAAUAAAAACAUCGGCAAAAUAUCAAACUAUAAAAUGUUUUAAUCGUUUUUAAUAGAUAUUUUUAAAUCAAUUGUUCUUUAUGAUAUAUUUUAUCAAUAAAUUGAAAAUAAACUUUUGA